AUGUCUGGAGUGUCUGGUCUCCGUAUAAUUGUUGCCGGGGGCGCGUCAGGAGUAGGAAAAGCGCUCUCGCAACUCCUCGCAAAGCAGGGCGCUAAGUUGGUGAUUGGCGAUGUUAACAUCAAAGGAGCUCAGGGAGUUGCCGACGACAUCGUGGCUCAGGGCGGCUUUGCCGUGGCCAUCUAUUUCGACUUGUCUAAAGAGAACACCAUCAAGAACCUUAUGGACGCCGGCGCUGAAAAGCUUGGCGGUCUCGACGGACUUGUGAAUAUGGGCGCCGACCUCCGACCCGAGACUAUGGGACGAGAUGCCCGUAUUGACGAUAUGGACACCGAUGUUUGGCACCGUACCCUUCAAGUCAACCUUACUGGCUAUGCCUUGUCAACGAAGCAUAGCCUUCCCCAUUUCCUUGAGCAGGGAAAGGGGAGCAUCGUGAACAUCUCCUCUAUGGCUGCGUAUGGUUCGCAGCUCACUCGUCCCGCCUACGCCGCCUCCAAAGCUGGUGUCGAAUCCUUGACUCGCCACACUGCCGCCGUCCGGGCUCCUGAUAACAUUCGCGUCAAUGCUGUUGCCUUUGGUCCUAUUGCAACGCCGCCGAUGUUGGAGGCGGCCAAGCAACCUGUGGUUCAGGAGGCGUUGGCAAGGCUCCCACUUAGGCGGAUGGGCCGACCAAAUGAGGCCGCGCAGGUUGUCGCAUUUUUUCUUUCCGAUUCCUCAUCUUAUGUAACGGGACAAGUGCUGGGAGUGAACGGCGGGUCUAAUUUGAUUAACAAUAAAAACAGUACCAGUUAG